UGGGCUGCGCUGCUAGGCUGGGGCUUUGCAAACUCUGGAAAGGUCCAGCGGCUGCUUGUGACAGCAGGACUCUGCAGACUCACACAUAGACUCACAUGCGGAGCAUCCUGUGUUGUGUCCUGCCCCACAGUCUCACAGCGGGAAAGGUGUGGACCUAAGCCUGGAAAGUCUGAGCUCCAGAGAUGAGUCUGCCAGUAGGCUGAGCCCCAGGAACCUGCUGGAGUGCCGUGGGGACAUGGCAUCUUGGCUCUGGAGAAGGCUUUGUGGCAAGAAGCGGUCAGUGAUGGCAUUCUGCCUCUUGAUGAUCCUGUCUGCAGUGGCUGUUACUCAUUUUCCUCCAGAACAUCCAGCUUCCACCCCAGGACUUAGUCCCAUGAAGCCUCGGGGGGAAAUUGGUGUGUCUGACCCCAGGAUUCAGCAGACUUUGAACUCAAGCCAGAGGCAGCUGGUGAGGAACCUGGGCCUCUGGACAGGGCAGGCUUUGCCCAGAAAGUCCAUCUUGGUCUGUGCCAAGAAGCAAAGCCACAGAAGGCAAGUAGACAGAAGCAGACACCCACUGAGUGUCAGGAGAAAUGUUACUGUGAUGGGAGAACCGACUCUCAGUGCCCAGCGUCGUGAACUUCUAAUAGAGGAGGAGGUCAGAGAUGCAGGAGGCACAGCUCUGGACCAGCCUGGCCAUGAUGGCUUAGUCCAAGAGACACAGAGCAAGACAGUCACCAUGGUUAUCUCACUCACACAGAGCAGCCAGGCGUCUUUCCAGGCAUGGAGAGAUACUGCUGAAGAGAGCUUCAGGUCACAGCCAGCAGAGGAUGGAGAUCCUUUGCCAGGAGCCAAGAACAGAGUCUUGACUGGUGGGAAGGCUGGGGGGUCCCCCUCAAGGUCAGGGGCUCCAUGGUGGCCUGGCUCUGCUGAGGACCUGCAAAAGUCCCCGUGGUGUGGUACUGAGACCCCUGGGCUGGCCAGUACUGCAGCAUGGGGGCAGGCUCCACCAUGGUUCACAGAACAUGAUGUACAGACUCUUCGGCUACUGGCCCAUGGGGAGGUGGUGGGCAAAGCCAGGGUCCCUGCCCAUGGGCAGGUGCUGCAGGUUGGACUAUCUGCUGGGGAUGCCCUCCAGGACAUAUCUCCUCUCAGGCUCAGCCAGCUCUGCUCCCAUGGUCUCUGUGGCCUGAUUAAGAGGCCCAGGGACCUGCAUGAAGUCCUAUCCUUCCAUGUGGACCGUGUGCUGGGACUCCAACGGAGCCUGCCUGCGGUAGCCCGGAGCUUCCACAGUCCCCUUCUGCCCUACCGUUACACAGAUGGCAGUGUAAGGCCCCUCAUCUGGUGGGCACCGGAUGUGCAGCACCUAAGAGACCCAGAUGAGGACCAGAACUCUCUGGCCUUGGGCUGGCUGCAGUACCAGGCCUUGCUGGCCCGAGGCUGCAACUGGCCAGGCCAGAUCCCGUGCCUGAGCAUCCACCAUGCCGAGUGGGCACGUCUGGCUCUCUUUGACUUUCUGCUUCAGGUCCACGACCGCCUGGAUCGCUACUGCUGUGGUUUUGAGCCUGAGCCCUCAGACCCCUGUGUGGAAGAGGGGCUCCGAGAGAAAUGUCGGAACCCAGAGGAGCUGCGGCUCGUCCACAUCUUGGUCCGGAGCAGUGAUCCAUCUCACUUGGUGUAUAUAGACAAUGCUGGCAACCUUCAGCAUCCAGAAGACAAGCUUAACUUUCGGCUGCUGGAAGGCAUAGAUGGGUUUCCAGAGUCCGCUGUGAAGGUUCUUGCAUCAGGGUGUCUUCAGAACCUGCUGUUCAAGUCGCUGCAGAUGGACCAGGUGUUCUGGGAGAGCCAAGGUGGACCUGCAGGCCUGAAGCACGUCCUUGAGACACUGGAGAGGCGAGGACAGGUCCUGCUGAGACACAUCCAGAAGCACAACCUCACGUUGUUCAGGGAUAAGGACCUGUGAGUCCAUGGCUAUCUGGGCCGAACACACCUUGCUGGAGAACUUCACACAAUGUAAACCUCAGCUGGUGAGCAUCCCUCUCAAUGACAGCAUUUCUGUGAUGACAAACAGGGAGAGCCAAAGCUGGAGGAGCCUACACCACCAUGGGGCAGGUCACCUGCUGGGACAGUGGAGGGCCUUCAGUCUACAUUCUCAGCUCUGGCAUUUACUCCCACACACCAAUAAAUAUGUUGAAGAAUGU